AUGGAAGAAGCAGCAGACUAUUCAGCCGUUAUUGUUAUCGGUCAGAGUCUCCAUACAGGCUACCCUCGUCAUUCUAUUCUGCAACUUCACCAUGCCAAGCUGAUUUCCGGCCUCGGAGCUCUUUCUCUCACGGCACUUGCUCAGGCACGCCCCAAGGCCACCGCUACCCUGCAGGAGCGCACCCUGUACUCCAGCGAUAUAUGGUGCGGCCCGGUUCUGAAUGCCAGCGCGACUGAAGCUUCUGCCCAAUGGACCGUCCCUACGGUGUCCCUCCUACCGCGCGAGAGCCUCGACCCCAAGAAUCCCCCCAUGUUCUACCAAUGGGUCGGCAUCGACGGCGACGUCUGGUACGAAUUUUACACCCCGAAAAACAACGCAUCGUGGCACCAAACGGAGCCGGCAGUUGGUCCUGGAGACAACGUUAGCGUGACCGUAACGGCCGACAAGGACGGCAAGGGAGGAACUAUUUACAUUCAGAACCUGAGCAAUAAUACGGGCAAAUCUUACUACGCCAAGGUCGUCGAAGGUCAACUCUGCUUCCAGCAUGUCGAAUGGGUCACCGAGGCCCCGACCAUGAACCAACCCGGCUUUGACAACUUCACCUUCAACUCGAUCUCUGCCAAGGCUCGGGAUGGCACCACCAUCAACGCCACGGGCUCCGACCUCUGGUACCUGAACGAGUCCAGUGGCAAAUGCUCGGCCCCCUUGUCGGAUGAUGGCACCACUGCUUACUUGACCAACGCGGCCCCCCGCUGGAGCUGA